AUGUCAAAAGCCUAUGACAGGGUGGAGUGGGGAUUUCUAAAGGCAAUGAUGAUCAAAAUGGGAUUCUGUGAAAAAUGGAUCAACUGGAUCAUGGAGUGCAUCACAACAGCUACCUUCUCUUUCAAUAUAAAUGGGGAAGCAAGAGGAUAUGUGAUACCUUCUAGGGGAAUUAGGCAAGAUGACUCCCUGAUUUUUUGCAAAGCUGAUACAAGUCAAGCUGAAGAGGUGCUGAGGAUAUUGGAAAAAUAUGAAAAAGGCUCUGGACAAAUGAUAAACAUGGAAAAGUCUUCAGUUUUCUUUAGCAAGAAUGUGGCACAUGAAAAUCAAAAAGAAAUCUGCAGCAAACUAGGAAAUAUAAGGAGGGUGCAUCAAGGAAAGUAUUUGGGUUUGCCAAUGGUCAUAACCAGAACUAAGGAACAAAUCUUUGGCUAUAUCAGAGACAAAUGCCAGAAAACUGUCUCUAAUUGGUGCAACAAGAAGCUUAGCCAAGCAAGUAAAGAGGUGUUACUGAAAGCAAUUACUAUGGCUAUGCCAACCUAUACAAUGUCUUGCUUCAAGCUUCCAGUGAAAUUGUGUAAGGAUAUACAUGCCUUAAUGGCAAGAUUCUAG